AUGGUUGGCCAAGGUCUUUUCAGCUGGUUCGGCUCCUCGAAGCAGGAAGAAGCUCCCCAGACAACGUGGGAUCCCAAGACAUUGACGAUGGUCCAACCCCAGAGCCCCGAGAGACCGACAACUGAAGACGUCGUCACAGACCAACCUGCCCCCAAGGAGGAUAUGCACCUGCAGCUUCGUGGUGGUGAUGGACCUGGUGAUGAGUAA